CCCUCACUCCCUCACAACACACAGCCGAAAAACGCCACAGACAAGAAGCGAAGAAAAUUCAAUCUGAGUCUUCUUCUCUCUGUAGACAUUUCUUGCUUGAAAUUUUCAAUUAGCGAUCUCGAAAUUCAAUCAUGUUUAGCGAAGAUCAGAAUCCGAGUCGCAAACCGAUCGUGAUCAGAGAAGUUUGGGCUUCGAAUCUCGAGGCCGAAUUUGAGUUGAUCGGAGAUCUGAUCGACCGGUUUCCAUACAUCUCCAUGGAUACGGAGUUUCCCGGCGUCGUCUACCGUGCGACGUUCGAUCAGUCAAAGCCGUAUGCUUACCGUCUCCGACCGUCCGAUCACUACAGGGUUCUGAAGUCCAACGUCGACGCGCUCAGCCUCAUCCAGGUCGGCCUCACGCUCUCCGAUGCCGACGGGAACCUCCCUGACCUCGAAGGCGGGGAGAGCCGGUUCAUCUGGGAGUUCAACUUCCGCGACUUCGACGUGGCGCGUGACCUCCACGCUCCGGACUCGAUCGAGCUACUGAAGAGGCAGGGGAUCGACUUCGACCGGAACCGGUCUGAAGGGAUCGACUCGGCCCGGUUCGCGGAGCUGAUGAUGUCGUCGGGGCUUGUCUGCAACGACGCCGUUAGCUGGGUGACUUUCCACAGCGCGUACGACUUCGGAUACCUCGUGAAGAUCCUCACGCGCCGCUGCCUUCCCGGCGCGUUGGCUGACUUUCUGAAGAUUCUCAGGGCUUUCUUUGGGGAUCGCGUGUACGACGUGAAACACAUGAUGCGGUUCUGCAACAGCCUCUACGGCGGGUUGGACCGGGUCGCCAAGACGCUGGAGGUGAACCGGGUGGUCGGGAAGUGUCAUCAAGCCGGUUCGGAUAGCCUGCUGACGUGGCACGCGUUUCAGAAGAUAAGGGACGUGUAUUUCGUGACGGAUGGGCCAGAGAAGCACGCUGGCGUUCUCUAUGGAUUGGAGGUCUUCUGACUUGUGAUUAGUUGACUAAGGAAAAUAAAAGAGAAAAAAAAAUUAAGGAAAUAUUCACUAUUUGUUAAUUCAAUUUGUAAAUUUUAGUUGAAAAUACUGUGUGGAUUGAAUUCUUUUCCUAACGCA